AUGGUUCAUGGUAAGCCCAGACAUCCUCAAAGUCAAGGCUCAGUGGAACGAUUAAACUGUGACGUGAAGGACAUGCUCACUGCAUCGUUAGGGGACAAUAACUCAACAGACUGGCCAAUGGGAUUUCGUUUUGUACAAUUCCAAAAGAACAGCAGCUACCAUUCUGGAAUCAAACAAUCACCAUACAAAGCCUUGUUUGGAACUGAAGUCAAAGUUGGAUUGCGUUCCAAUACCCUUCCAACAGAAAUUCUCGAAAGAAUGGUCUCUGAAGGUGACCUUAUUGCAGCAUAUGCCACCCCGCCAGAAGACCAGGAGACAGCAGACACAGAAGAUGUUCCUGAUGCACAGCUAAGAACUAUUCAACAUAACAUCCAAGUCCAGCGGAAAAGAGCAGCAGAUGGUCAGCUUGCAUAA